GUGCGCCUGCGCCGGCUCCUCGCGUCUGCGCACUAGUGCCCGCCCCCUACCGGGACCUGACGUCACUUGGCUGGCCCCGCCCCUAGGCUGACGGCACAAUCACGACGUAUCCCGGUCCGCUGCGUUGUGACGUCACACUCCGUGGCCACGCCCUCCGUUUUCUUCCCCGGUUUUCUCCCUAGGAUGAAGCAGAGACUAGAGCUCAGGAAGGCCCUGGCCCUCGAUGGAGCAGGUUUAGUGGGACCAGGUGGGUUGGAUGGCAGGUGAGGGGUGGAGCCACGCCUCAGGGGCGGGGCCAGGUGAGGGAUGGGGCCGGCGAUUGGAGACCGACAGCCCGGUACCCCCAUCGCUCAGCCUCCUGGAAUAGACACCCCCGAACUGGACCCCUUAGAACACACCCUCGUUUCAGCUUGUCCCACAGGCCGGCCUGGACGGCUCCAACGCCUCCUUCAGAGCGGGGAGUUCGACCAGCUGAAGGACUUCACCGUCUUUGAGAGCAAUUUCGUGCAGGUGACCCGGUUAGGAGAAGUUGCCAACAAGGUGACCAUGGGGGUGGCAGCCUCCAGUCCGGCCCUGCAAUUCCCAGACCUGUUGCUGCUGGCAGGCCCCGCCAAGGAGGACGGACGCCUGCAGCUCUUCAGGAUGAUCCCCUUGCAGUUUGUCCAGCUCUUCGUCCACGACAAGAGCCGCAGACAGCUCAAGGUCAAGUUUCAAAACGGCCGCACCUUCUACCUGCAGCUGCGGGGUCCGCCCAGGACCUGCGACUACGAGUUCGGCCAGUGGGUGCGGCUGCUCUACUGCCUGCGCUUCCACUCGGCCCAGAGUAGCCCCAAGGAGGAUGGAGAGGAAGAUGAAGAGGAGGAGGAGGAGGAGUAUCUGAAUGAAAGGGAGGCGGGGAGGGAUGGGGCUUAG